UGAUGAUUGAAAUGUGUCUUGAAUCCGUGAACGCAAGUUGAGGUCAGCGAUACGGCAAGUCACUCUGGCAGCCUUCGUUUUCCCACACGAGAUUCCCCGCCCUACCAAUCCCCUCUGUUCCUGAGCUGCUUUCCAGCGUAAUCUCCACGGCAGCUGAUAUCCCGCCGGGCCUCUAUUCUGCUGCUUUUUUGUCGCGAUAAAGAGACGUUUCUCUCCAAGCUCUGUAGCAACUGUUCUCUGCUCAAUUUUUGGCGCUGGUCCGGGUCGAGCAAUAAGCAGUUUAAUUUGACCAGCCAAUUCAGCCAUGUCAACCUCCACUCCGAAUGUAGAAGCGGUCACUCUCGGCGCCCUUAACCAAGCCGUACCGACAUAUGUUCCUGCGCACAAACCUCAACAACCACCUCCAGGUCGUUCGAUCCUGUUUAUUGAUUAUUCUACUAUAAAUACUGUGAAAUACUUUAUACUGAUAUCAUAUAGUCAGCUUCCCUACACGCUCAUCCCCUUCGCCCCACACCAAGUGUCCGCCACAGAGUGGGCUCAUAACGAUGGGCUUCAUCAUGACUUGUAUAUCCAACAUAUCCUCAAAGUCUACCACCGUUUCAAGCACCCGGCGUCUCCGCUUUCCAGACUCCCUCGAAGAGAACACGUGGUGCUUGGGAAUUACGCCGGAAGCUGGAUAAGUAUGCUUCUCUCCCGAUCUAUCGGGCGUGCCAGAGCUUUAAAGUCCUGCACUAGAAGCGAAAAUGAUCUCAGAUGGACCCAGAUCCAGUUAAGUCGUGGGGACAGCUCCGCGAGAACUGCCAGCACAAAAGUGUCACAAAUAAAUCAAGUUACAGCAAUCAUCAGGGAUUCCUCAGCAAUCUACGAAUACAAACUCACGGAGCAGAGCCUCAGUUACCUGGCAACCGUCGGUGAAUUUUCCCAGUGCUGGGGCAGCGUGUAGACUCCUAGUUGUUCGCUCGCACCCAGAUGGAACAGCAACAGCAACUGGCUGCUCCACGUCACCUUCUGCAUGUUGUGGGAGUAGAAUCAUAGAGCCAACUCCUCCCAGUCCGAUUUUAGCCCUUGUACUGUCAUGGGAGGCGUAGCAGACCUUCUCGGUGAGGAAGACGGUAGUUUAAGAGUAGCGAGUUUCCUUAGCGCGAGUGGAGCAUAUGAGAAGAAAAUUCCAACCGAAUAGACCCUCGACCCCAAGAGUUAACGUCCGCCCCG